CUGUGUCUCACUUCGGAGAAGUCAUUGAUUAUAUCAUCGAGAUAUAUCUGCAUUUCCUCCAUGUUAGAAGCGUAAAGGAAUCAGUUGCAACAGCUAAACACGAGAGCUAAACACAGCAACAAUGGCACUGUCUUUUGCGAAUUUUGGAAUACAAACUGACCCAAAUUAUGUAAAGCUGUAUGCUAGAGCAAGGACUGGCCACGUGCCGUCAUGUCUUGAGUUGGGGAAGCUUUACAUAUUCACACCUUCUGGAUACUGUAAUGACAUUCUUCUCGGAGAGUUUUACAUUAGUCUAGCAGCUAGACAGGGGAAUAGAGAAGCAAUUGAAAUACUUAAGAAGAUUCCAACACUUGGGACAUCGAAUAAUGACGUAAUUGGGACCAUGUUAAUGGGAAGUCUGGGACAUGUAUCGAGUGAUUUAUUCCAAAUCCAGGAAAACAGACUUGUAAGACAAGCAAAUAGUCAUCCAAUGAACAUCCUUAGUAGUACACCGAGGAAUGUGUUGAUAAGGGAAAUGUCUAGCUAUUAUACGCCCACUGCUGAAAACUACAAAAAGGCUGUCGCACUAAUGCAUGCUGGGAGAAACAUGCUAGUAAAUCAACCGAUAAGCAAACGAUUCAAACGUGUCGAAGGGGUUCAUUUGUAUGUCGAUGGUUGCUUUUAUGAGAGUAAAGCAAAAGAAGAUGUACCUCUCCUUAGUUUACACGGGAGUGAGAUAGAUGCGUUUCUAGGGAAGGUCUUGGCACAUGACCCCGACGAUUUCGCAUGUAGAUACUUCAAAUGUGAAUUAAACAGUUUACCACCAAGGACUAACCCAGAGAGAUUGAUGCUAUCAUUAGACCAACUAAUUCGUGAUAUGGAAGUUUGGAUGAAGGACAAUAAUAAACAUUCAACAAGAUUUCCAAAUAACUCAGAAGUCGAGGAAGAAGUGGUAAAAAGAGGCGAUGAAUCUGCAGCGGUCCAGGUUUUUGAGACCCACGAUAUUGAAAAACUUGACUCUGCUAAUCUGGGUGGUGAUUCGAUUCUUCUUCUGAACACAAAGAUACUUUUCUUGGUAUAUUACACAAUGGGGUCAUACUGUGUAGUGACGCAUCAGUACAUCCGCGCAAUAGACAGUUUUAGCAAAGCACUGAGUGUAUACCCUACAUCCCCGAUUGCACUGUAUGGCGUGGCAUUUGCCACAUAUAGGCGCGAAGUAGAGAUCAUGGAGGCAAAAUGUGAAGAACGUGGUCUGACAAAAGAUGAAGACGCUAGAUGGUUUCGAACUACUGUCACUGAUAUUCUUAAAGAUGGCGCAAUUCCAUCAAUGGAGCUUUUCAAACAAUACCUUGCAGUCGCUCCACCAUGUGACCAGAAAUACCCAAAUGUUCUCUUCUUGAUGGCUGAUGUGUCUCUUAAGAUGCAAGAUUAUCAUGGUAUGAUGAACUACUACGAGAGAGCAGAACGAGCUGAGAAAGAAAGGCUUCCGAUUUAUAAAGCGAGUGAAGAAGGCGGACAACCGGAUACGGAAAUGGUGCGCGCGUAUUAUCCGUUCAUCGCAUCAAGGCUUUGUAAAAAUGUAGAGUGCAACUCUCAAAAGGAAAAAAUUCUCCAGUCUCCUCCCGGGAAGCGAUGCAGUGGUUGCAAACAAGUGAGGUAUUGCUCUAGUUAUUGUCAAACAGAGCACUGGCCUUCACAUAAGCAGCAGUGCAAAAUGUGGAGUAAACUUAUGAAGUGAAGGAAUCUCAUGCAAGCAACAAUGUAAAUAAAGGCUGUAAAAGCACACACCGUACA